AGCAGUGGGCGGGGCUUGAAUAUUGAACUUGUUACCGUUGUCUGCAGUGAUAUCAUAACACUGCAAUAUGAAGACACGCUCAUAUGACCGCCACCCCUCUUCAUCCCUGGAAUAGACACAGCUCCCUUUAUUGUGCAGGUGCUGUGAUCAGGGAAAAAAGUUGAGCAUGGGGAAUAAACGUAGGAGGAAGGAUGUCAUCUGAACCAGUCAUCCCUCUGCAAGCUUCAGAAAUAAAGAAAUAAAGAAAAUGGCUCAGUCUGUGAGGAGGCCUGAGGCCUUAGGACGCAUGGACCACGAGUCUCAGAGGGACAAAACCAGGACCAGCUACUUCGGCAAUGUCAAGACCAGGCUGGGUUCUAAGCUCCCUCCCAGCAUUUCUCAGCCUCCACAGUUCACUAAGCGGCCCUGGGAGACUCAGCCUCAAACCCGACUAAUGCAGGAGCCCACAGCCAGCAGCCAGCUUCAGCACCAACCCCUAGUGGUCCGGCCACUCGACCACAUCCCCCACAUUAGAAACCCCAAACUGCGGCAGUACUAUCUGCAAGGGACUUCUCUGCAUCUGAACAAUACGGCAGUGAAGCAGGAGCACAUGGCUGGACCAUCAGAUGACAGCACAGGCAGCAGGGGUCCCCCUGGGGACACUGUCUUCACCGUCUCAUCUCAGCUCAACAGUAACAAUACAUCUUGUGCAGAAGACAAUAAAAUGGGUCACAGUUCCUCUUCAAAUGUAAUCCCCUUUUUUGCUACACUCAUCCCCAGAGAGCAGCUGGUCGUGCCGAAGGGAAAAAACACUUUGAACCGUGAAGGAUCGUCUCAACCAGAGCCGAACUCACACUCCGUUCCUCACCUGGAGGCAGAUGUGGAGGGGGAUCCAGAGAUUUUGGAGACCCUCACUGCUCAGCCUCAGUCCCCUUCACCAGAGGCAGAAUAUGACAAACUACUGGAUGUGGAGGCGGUACCAAUGCCUGAUGGACAGCUCUGCCUGCUGGCUCUGCCACCAGAAUGCUGUCAGGGGGAGGGACCAGCAGCCAUUCAGUACCUUAAACUAUUCUGCCGCUACAUAACAGACCGUAAGGGCGUGGUUUCAGGUAUCCUACUGGUGACUUCAAAUAAGAUUUUCUUCGACCCAUGUAAGACACAUCCUCUGGUGAAGGAGCACGGCUGUGAGGAAUACCUCCUGUCCUGCUCUGUUGACAAUCUCUCGUCCGUCUCCUUCUUCUCUGACAUCUCACAUGUUCACUUCAGCAAGUCCCAGCAGAGGAGAAAAGGAAAGAAAUUUUUCCAGAAGUUGAAAUCUGCCCGAAGGCAAGCAGGCAGCCUCCCAAGCCAAAAGGGGGAGCCAAUCUCCUCCAGGGUGCCAUCAGAUUUGUCCACUCUGGCCAUGAGCCUGACCAAAGAGGUUUCUUUGGAGGAGGAGGAGGAGGAGGAGGAAGAGGAGGCAGAGAGCAAAGACAUGGCAGAGGUUGAGGGGGAGCUGGAUGACAGCCCACUCGAAGGACUGGCAGAGGAGCACACAGGCGUUCUAGGAGUGGCCGUCCUGAGCAGUGCUGCCACCUUCUGCUGUGGAGGUCAAGAGGCGGAGGGUAAAGUUAAGACAGAACCUCUGAGCACUGUUGAUACUGAGGGAUCAUCUGUGAAGUGUCAGACUUCAGUGCCUCGCAGGUUAAAAGCAGGUAGUCCUGGGACUCUGAUGUUUGUGCGGCUGCGGGUUCAGCCGACUGCAGGGAAGAAGAAGGCUACAGGAGGCCUUCAGUUGGGCACAACCAAAGCUUCAACCAGAAGGGAGGCCUGGCUUGCCCUUUCACAAGAAAGCACCGAUGAGCUGUACGCCUACCUUACACAGCAUCGACCAGACUUGUGCAUAUUAGAGGGGCGAGAGGAGGGCAGGGAGGCAGAGCGUGACGAAGAGGAGUUUGUGCUGAUUGAGGACAAACAGGAAGGAGGGGAAGUUGAGGAGGAGGAGGAGGAGGAGGAAGAGGAGGUGUUUCCGAGGCACCGCAGCACCGGGGACGACUGGGAGAUGGUGUUGAUGGAAGAGAGCGGAGACAAGCCAACCCAGGUCAUCGACAGAGACCCUGAAGGACUCAAUAAUAUUGUAGAGAACAGCGACAUUUUGGAGGCUUCACAUGUCAGAGAGCUGUGUAAGGAGCUUCCCCCGAGGACAAUUGGACACACUUGGCAGCUGGCUUACAGUACAUCCCGUCAUGGCGCCAGUCUGAAAUCUCUCUACAGAAAACUGAGUUCCACAGACUCCCCCGUUCUUAUUGUCAUUAAGGAUGCACUGGAUGAGAUAUUCGGGGCCUUCCUCUCUCACCCUCUGAGGCUCAGUGAGACGUUCUAUGGCACAGGAGAAACCUUCCUCUUCAUGUUGCAUCCUCGCUUUAAGUGUUUCAGAUGGACUGGAGAGAACUCCUUUUUUAUAAAAGGAGACUUGGACUCCUUUGCCAUUGGUGGAGGCAGUGGUCACUUUGGUCUGUGGGUGGAUGAGAAUUUGUACUUAGGUCGCAGCAGCCCCUGCUACACCUUCAACAACUGCUGCCUCGCAGAGACCGAUGACUUCCGAAUCAUGGAGCUGGAGGUGUGGACGUUCAGCUGAAGAGACUGAGUGAACACUCUGGGACUCACAUGACAGCAGUUAUCACUGAGCAAAAACCCAAACACAGCCACUCAUUCAUGUCAUGGCAACAUCCAUGUAAAAGAAAAUAUCUAACACAAACUGCAGGAUUUGUGUGAUUCAGUGCUGUGGGCUGACAUGAACGGAACAGGGCUCAGUGGGGCAGUGGGGCUCAGGGGUUUUGAUGGUUGACUGUUUCACAGUUAACUCAUUCCUGUGGAUUUGGAAACCAGACUGAGUUCUGAAGUGGAGUCGAAUUGUCAUGAAACAGGAUUCCUUGAAUACUUGCUAUUUGAAUGGAGUUGGUUACAAGCCUUAGACUGCACUUAGUUUUAAAUGUGAAUCACUUAGUUCAUGCUAUCUCAUCAUUUAUAAUGUGAAUAUGAAGGUACACUGUCCUCUGAGGUUAUGCAUGUACCCUAUUCAUAUGACUGUGUUCUUUAAUUCUAGGAGUUUGAAACGCAAAUUAGUCUUUGUAUGAUCAAAUUUUUGCUCUACAGAUCCAAAAAUAUCAUCAGACAGCAAUCAUGUUUAAAGAUUUUCAUCCAUUACUGGCACAGAAAACAGAAAUUAAGACUUGGAUUUUGUGAGAAGCUUCUUUGUUAAAGAACAUCUGUACUUUCUAUGGAUCUUAAGAGCCUCAUUCAUAGAUACUCUGAAGUAUGCCAUUCUUAGUUCUGCCUCAUUCACUACCAUAGUUUCUGAAAUAUCUGUAUCAAUUUAACUUCCACAGUUAGAGCUCUCACUAAGAACAGCUUGAGCUACUUUGCUCAUAUGGCGCGUUAAUGUAGAUAAGCUAAUAAAAAUCAGCACAAACUAACAGUAUAAACAUUAAAAACCUUUGUAUAACCCUA